AUGCCUCCUCAACCAUAUGAAAAAAGCAACUACGAGAUGCUCAGAGAAGGCGGCUACCACAGUAUGCACGAAUUUCUGCACUCCCACAGCUUAAAGCUCCAGCCAGGCAGUUACGAAGAGGCAAGAGAGAUCCUGGAUGGAUUUCGUGAGAUAGAUCAGCGCGCCUGGGAGGAACAGCAUGGCUACCAGAGCGAAGAGGAUUGGGAUGAGGAAUACUACGAUGAACAAGAGGCUUUGGAGUACCAGUACUAUGAGCAAGAGCUUUUGGAGGAGCGGUAUAACUCGGAGGAGUAUGGUGAUGAGGGCGAAUAUGGACAAGAUGUCUCAGUGUGGGGAUAUGAGGAUGAAAUAGGAGCCUCUGAGGAGUACAGUGAACCGGAGUAUACUGAUCAAGAGGAUUGGGAUGAGGGAUAUGGUUAUUAUAGUGAUGAGAGCGAUGAUCUAUAUUGA